UUUCCCUCGAGAGUUUUCCCUCUCCCACUCUCCUCCGCCGCCGGCGCCCGAUGCGCCACCUCGUCGCGGCGGCGAAACCAUCCCGGCGGCGGCAUUUCUUCUUCUCCUUAUCCCCCUACUACCAACUCUCCACCACGACCACCAGCGGCACCAAUUCCUCCCAUCUCUGCUCCUUCUACGACCCCGCGGCGCAGUUCCUCCCCCCCGGCUCUCCCCGGCACCUCUCCCUCCCCACCUCCCUCCGCCGCGACUCUCUCCUCGACCUCGCGCGCAUCCUCAAGUCCUCCCUGCAAUGCCACCUAGCUCUCCGCACCCUCACCUCCCAGACCCCCCCGCUCCAUGCCCGCUUCGCCGCUGCCUCCCGUCUCGCCAUCUUGUCCCCGGCGCUGCGCCCCUUCGCAUCCCUCCUCCUCGCCGCCCUCCUACCGGCCGCCUCCCCGCAUCUCCUCGCCUGGUGCGCCUCCCCCGGCGGCGCCCCGUACCCGGCCCUCCGCCUCGCGCUCCACGCCUUUCUCGCCGCCGGCAUGCCGGCUGAGGCGCUCGUCGUGCUCGCACGCAUCCGCAGCGUCGGGAAAACGCCCAGCCUCUCCGCGCUCGCGACGCUGCUGCGCCUGCUGUUCCGCGAGGGCAACGUCCAGGCCGCGUGGAAGGUGUUCGUGGAAAUGACAGCGAUGGGGCCACGGCCGAGCCUCGCCAUCUUCAACGCCAUGAUCCUAGGGUUAUGCCACAUGGGGCUCGUCCCUGUAGCUGCGGGAUUGCUUGGCGUCAUGUGGAGGUUCCAUCUUAUCCCUGAUGCGUGCAGCUAUAACAUCCUGAUCAAGGGACAUUGUGUGUUUGGGCAGGCAGGGGAUGCUUUUGAGCUGUUUGAAAAAAUGCACAAGUCAGGGUGUGAGCCGACUGUUGUGACGUAUAAUAUUUUGGUGAAUGUACGGUGCCGUGAUGGGAAUAUGGUGGAGGCAAGGAGGCUGUUCGAUGAGAUGGUGGCGGUGGGGGUCGAAGCAAAUACAAUCACCUUCAAUGUUUUAAUCGAUGGGUAUGCAAAGACUGGGCAGAUGGAUGAGGCUGAUGCCGCCUACAGAGAGAUGAAGGAGAGGGGAUUGCUGCCAGAUUGCUGCACCUUCAACAUUCUUUCUGCUGGAGCAUACAAGUUUGGAAAGACCGUGCACUUAGCACAUGAGCAGCAGGAGCUGUAUGAAAUGUUUGGUUCACAGAUAUCAGCGGACAAUAUAGAUAUGACGAUCUGUAGGCUUUGUUGGGAUGGACAAUUGGAUGAUGCCCGGCAGCUUGUGUGUUGUGCAAUCGAGCAGGGUGUUCCAGUGAGUGUUGCAGGUUUUAAUGCUUUGAUUGCUGCAUAUAGCAAGGAGGGAUUUGAAGAAGAAGCUCUCGAGUUAUAUAAACUUAUGAAAGAGAUAGGCCUUGCACCCUUAUCCUCCACUUUCAAUUACUUGAUACUGGGUCUAUGCAAUCAAGGAAGACUAGAUGAUGCACAGCUUUUGCUAGAACAUAUGAUUAGUAAGGGAUAUUCUGUUGGUACCUCAUUUACCGUUUACAUGGAUUCAUGCUUCAGGUCUGGUAAUGUAGAAGGUGCCUUGAAAUGCUGGGAUGAUAUGGUGAAAGUUGGCGGGCAGCCUGAUUUUAUCGCUUUCUCAGCAUAUAUCAGUGGCCUUUGCAGAUUAGAUCAUGUAAAUGAGGCUUAUCGGGCAUUUGUCGAGAUGACAAGAAGAGGUCUUGUUCCGAACAAUAUUACUUACAACUCUCUGAUAUCUGCGUUUUGUAGGGUUGGCCAUGUGGCCGAAGCACUGAAACUAGAGCAGAAGAUGAGGCAGAGUGGUCUUGUUCCUGAUGUUUUCACAAGCAACAUUCUGAUUGAUGGUUUUUGCAGAGAAGGAAGGUUGGAUAUGGUGAAUAACCGUUUCUUGGACAUGCGCAGUAGUGGCUUAACUCCUGAUGUAGUGACAUACAAUACAAUUAUUAAUGCAUAUUGCCGGGCCCAGGAUAUGAACGGUGCCAUGAUUUUCAUGAACAAGAUGCUUGCAGAUGGCUGUGAUCCAGAUAUUUUCACAUAUAAUAUUUGGAUUCAUAGCCUCUGCAACAACCAUUCGAUGAAUCGAGCAGCGAGAGUGCUGGAUGAACUUGUCGCUGUUGGUUUCACACCUAAUUCAGUCACAUACAACACACUGAUGGAUGGCAUUUGCAAUGAUGUCCUUGAUCGAGCCAUGAUUCUCACUGGUAAACUGAUUAAGAUGGCUUUUCAACCCAACACCAUCACAGUUAAUGUUUUCUUUUCUCAUUUCUGUAAGCAAGGUCUUGGAAGGCGAGCCCUUGUGUGGGCUGAGAAGCUCAGAGAAGAUUCUGUUGCUUUUGAUGACGCUACAAUGAAUAUACUUGACUGGGCUUCCAAGGAGAUGGAGGAUGACCUCCAGGGUAGAGUUGCUGAUAUCGACAAAUGCAUGUUUCUUGAGUUCUUAAUGCUCAUAACGUACAACACUAUGAGCAAUAAUAGAUCCCCAAAGUUUAGACAUGUGCCUGUCGAGACAGUUAUUGAUCCUGCCGGCAGCAAUACAACCAAAGUUUUAGAUACUGGGUAAUAGCCAAAUUUCAUAAGCACAUGACUACUUGAAAACAUUAGCCACACGAUCAAAGUUUUUGGUGUCGAUGAGGGACGUUGGCAUGACACAAUGGUCGCCAGCCUGGAGGAGGCAAGCAAGCAGAUAUCAAUUAGCCGGCCAGACAAAAGAGAGUAGGAGGAGAAGGAAGAAGAAGACGAGACUCAUUGGUCAGGGCGUGUGAUCGACGGGGUCCUGUGCCAACGGGCACCAUCUGCUGCUGCAAGCACUGCGACUCCGACCUUGCCUAUGCCCAGCGCAUUGUCUCCAAGAUGUUCCGCUGCAAGCAUGGCAAGGCCUACCUCUUCAACAAGGUGUAAGUAAUUAGAUCACAGCGCCCUGCCUCAAUCUUCAUCUUGUUAUGUGUGCCCUGUUCUCUGUGACACAGAUGCUACUGCAUUAUUAUUUAGAAUAGUUGUGCUCUGUUCUCUCUGCUAUAUGUGCCCAUGGUCAUCAAGCAAUUGCAAUUUCUAGUGUUUUGGGCUGCUGUUAUGGUCUGUGAUGCAAAUAUACAAUGCUAGAUAUGAAAAUAUAUGAUAUGGUCAUAGCUGAAUGCUCAGUUUAUUGUACACUGUCAGAAAUAUUCUUGGUAAAAUCAGUUUUGCAGCACUUCACUGAGAGUAGAUUGUGUUCCUCAGUCCAUGUUUGCUCUGCAAUCUUUGAUCUAAGAUUCUGAUUCAAAAUGAUUGUAUCUUCAUUUUUUUCUGACAAGUUUGCCUUCUCAUCGCUGGAUCAAGGUCAUUUCAGGUUCAUCAGGCUGCCCGUGUCCAUCUACCACCCAAGCCAUGUCGCGGAGCAACGGAGAUACUCCACAUGAUCUGCUUCAGCUGCCUCCAGUUCAAGAAUAACCUGGAUUUUCUCAGAAAGAUGUAUUAUGAGCUGAAAUUUGAAAGUGACACUAGCAUAACUUGGAUUUUCCCAGAAAGAUGCAUGAUCCAUUUUGAAAACAACAGGUGUAACUACAAUAGCAAUCAUCUAAACAAAAAGCAUAUGCCAUGCUUUGUUUAACACACAUAGUUCAGUAGCCUAGACAUUUGUGAUGCAAAAAUACCACCACAUUACCCAAACCCUCAAACAGUAUAAAGCUCCACUCAAAGUCCAAGGUUAAUUUAAGACUGUUAAUUAAGCUAUCGAUGGCUGGUGUUUAUUUUAGUCGUAGGUUUCUGAGGAGGAUGGCAUAUGUACAGUAUAAGCACUAAUUAAUUACUCCCUCCGUCCAGAAAUACUUGUCCUCGAAAUGGUUGUAGGACAAGUAUUUCCGGACGGAGGGAGUAUAUAUUUUGCCGUAUGUGAUGGUCUGGCCAUCGGGCCGUGGCCGAGUGUAGAGCAGGUCACCCAGCCAAUUAUUCGGUGUUUGGAUCUGUGGUGGUGGUCUUCUGUCCACCACAAUCUUGUUAUUGUGAUAAUCUUUUUUGCUGCUGAAAUAUGUCACAAUAUUUGUGCUUUGCAAGAUUCUGUGGCUACUAUGUUGUGCUGCCUAUAUGCAUGAUUCUGUUCUGCCUUUCAUGAAUAUGUUUGAGUUAUGACAUAUAUCAUUCUUUUGGCAUUAUGCUACCCGUGGUUAGUUAAAAGAGCUACAAAUUGUCUUUUCCUUAGGUUGGAUAAUUUUGAUUGAUUAGUGUGUGCUUUAGCAUGUACAGCCAUGGCUGCUGAGAGCACCUCAUGUAUUUUAUAUAGAUGUUCAUUAAAGCUAUUACCCGCAUCUUCUGAUUAUUCACUGUAAUUGACAUCUCCACUGUAUUUGUGAAUAUAUGAAUCCAGUUUGUAAGAGUAAUCUUAACGAGUUUUUGUUUUGCUGCUGUUUAGAAGCCUGUUUGUUUUAUUCAUGUAUGUACUUUGGAUCCAUGUAUCUCAUGUAUUAGCAAUUUGGAAGUUGUGGAUAUUUUGGCCCUUGAACAGUGGACAUCUUGGCUUGUGAACAACACUAGGUAAACAACAUGCGGUUUUUGUAAGAGCACACUAUGUUAAUUAUAGCCUGCUGCACAGAAUGGCAAAAACAACUGUAUCUUAUAUUUCUUUGUUACAGGCAUGUAAACCCAACCUUAUCCACAAUGGCAUUCUUUGAGAUUUUUGAUUUGAUUAGUUUCUCCUCUUGAUUGUAGGCCAAUGCCUAGGCUCUGCUGCUGCCUAUAGGAAUUUUGGUCGCUUUCGUCUUUCUUGGUGAGUUCAACAACAAUGAGUUUCGGUGGACUGCCCCCUCAACUACUUCAGCUUCUGCACUACAGGGCGAUGACAGCCUCAUGACUGUGGUGGUCGCCUGUUCCUUGGUUCUGGCUUAGGGAACUUGAUACACUCAAGGGCAACGUGGAGUCGGUUGUCAAGCUGAAGGGGCUUGGCAUUGAGAACAUCCAGCAGUCCGUACAGUUUGAUGAUCUGGGCUCCCAUGACUACCUCCUCGGCUACAACUACUUAGGCGAGUCCCUUGUCUUUCUUUCCUCCUCUGUCUGCUAUGGGAACUACUCCCUCCGUCCCAUAAUAUAAGAGCGUUUUUGACACUACACUAGUGUCAAAAACGCUCUUAUGUUAUGGGACGGAGGGAGUAGCUUUCAUGCUAUGGCCAUGCUGUGCUCUGCUCUCGCCAUCGAGUCGAUGAUGUAGUGCACGUGCUCUUUGGCGCUGUUCUCUGGCCUAUGGUGCUAUGUUACUGUUGACAUGUUCAGGCUUAGUGAUAUGCUCUCUAUUAAGGACCAUGGAUUUGGUGUGUGAAUGGUUAGGCUCUGAUUAACUGGA